AUGAAAGUUAAUUUUUUAAAUAAAUGUUAUCAUACACCUACGGUUAUGUUUUUCAAAAAAUUAUUUAAAAGUUUUGAAAAAAAUAGUUCAUCAUUAUUUUUUCUCAUAACCUUAUUAUAUUUUUUGUACACAUAUGUAUCAAUAUUUUUAUUUAUAUUUAAUAAUGCUCUAUUCUAUCUUUUUGUGAAUAUAUCGAUAUUUUAUUUAUGUUUCCAUUUUGUUGUUAGAGCUUUAACAUACCCAGGAAGCUUAUUUAUUUACUAUAAAAAGACUAAUUAUGAUAAUGGAAUAGAAUUAUGUAAAUUUUAUUUGAAAGAAACAAUAAAAUUAUCUUUUAUAAUAAAUGAUAUUGGUACAAGCAUUAAGGAAAUAGUUAAAAAUAAUGAUAAUAAUAAUGAGUAUAUUAUGAUUAAAUUGGAUCAGAUGUUUUCAGAUUAUAAUAAUAAAGACAACUAUUUUAAUUUCUUUAGUAGCCUAUAUAUAUUUUAUACAUUAUAUAUUAGUUAUUAUCUAUAUGUUAAUUUAGAGGAUAAUGUUGAUUUAAGUAGUGAACAGUUAAAUUUUUAUUAUUUUUUAAAAUUUUUUAUGAUAAAAAUAAACGAAAUAAAAAUAUAUAUCAACAAAAAUGAUAUAAUAUAUCCCGAAAUAUUUACUGAAAUAAAAAUACAAAAAGAUUUCAAUGAAACAGUAAACGAAUUCAUAAAAAAUAGAAAUCCUUUGUAUGAAGAAAAUUUUGAAGAAAAAAUAAAAAAGGAAAAUAAACCAAAUUCACAUAAUGAAACAUGGUAUUUUAACAUUCUUAAUUAUAUAUUUAAUAUUAAAAGAUUGUAUAACAGUAAAAUACAAGAAGAAUCAAGAAGUUGUGUAUCUACAAAUAAUAAUGAUAGUAUUAAUGAAUAUAAUAAUAAACUUAAUCAUAUUAACAAUAAUAAAACUAAUAACGAUUACGGUAAUGAAAAAGAUGUAAAUAAUUCUGGUGAUAAAAAUAAAAAUAUAUAUAAUGAUUUUAGUUAUAUAAAAAAUGAAAAUACGAAUUUAAAAAGUAAGAUUAUAUUUCCUAAUAACAUUCCUUCUGACUUUGUUGACAUAAGAUUUUUGAGUUUAUUUUAUCAUGAGAACUAUGAAAAAUCUAUAACGCAUGUGAAUUAUAAAGAUUUUUUUAUAGUAGUAAAUUAUCAUGAUUUUCUGAAGUUAUUAGAUGAUUUGACAUUUUUUUUAAGUAAAUUAGGUGAUAUAUUUAAAAUUAAUACGUUAAGAAAAAAAUUCCACAUAAAAGAUGCUUAUAGUUUUAUUAGUAAUUUUUCGAAAAACCAUAUAGCGGGAACAUUAGAUUUAUUUAAAUAUGAAUUAAUAUAUAAAUAUUAUGCAAAACAACAGUAUAUGUAUAUUAAUAAAACAAAAAUAGAUUGCAUGUUUAUUCCUUGUAAGAAAUUUUUAAAUGAUAAAAUGCAAAAAUAUAUAAAUUUAAAAAAAUCAGGAAAGAGUUUAGACAUUUAUGAGAAUUCCUCAAAUAAUAGUUCUAUUUUUUUUAAUGCUUUUAAUAAUGAAUUUUAUAAUUAUAUAUAUCAUAAUGAUUAUUUAUAUGAUAUUCCUGUAGUACUAUAUUUUAAUCCUAAUGGUUCCUAUUAUGAAUUAAAUGCUUGCUGUUCAGGAACAGUUCAAUUUUAUUUAGAAAAUAAUAUCAAUGUUUUCGUUUAUAAUUAUCGUGGUUAUAGCAAAUCAAAAGGACUUCCAAAUUUUAAUAAAAACAAUCUAGAUGCAUUAAAAAUUUCUGAAUAUCUCUUAUCAAAAAAAGUGAAAUAUUUAGGAUUACAUGGAAGAUCAAUAGGGGGACCGUUAUGUUCCUUUGUUUCUUAUCAUUUGUGUAAUUUUGAUAAAAAAAAUAAUAAUACAGAAUUAAUGGAUAAAUUAUAUAAGAAUGAUGUUCAUAUAAAAAAAAUUAAUAAGCAAAUAAAUAAAAUAAAUAGAUUGCUAAAAAGAAAAAAAAAAAAAAUUUCAGAAAAAUUGUUAUUUCCUUUCAAAUAUAUUAUGUUGCUUUUGCAAUAUAUUACUUUAUUUAAACUAAGAGUAUUUAACUCAAGAAUGAAAAAAAAAAUGAAUCUAAAUAAUAUAAGUUCAAUAAAACAAUUAAGUUAUAAUAAUCCAUUAGAAAAUCCUAAAGUAUCUUUUGUAUGUAUUGAUAAAUCAUUUUCAAAUUUUGAAGAAGUGGCAAAAUAUAUGAUAGGUGAAUAUGCGUAUAAUAUUUUGCAAUUUACAUCAUAUAAAUAUGACAUAACAAAAUAUUAUAUAAAUUCCAAUGUACCCAAAAUUUUAAUUUAUGAUAAUUAUGACGAAAUAAUUCAUUAUAUGUCUAGUGCUAUUACAGGUGUAUCCAAAGAAAUAUCAAAAUUAUACAAAAAUGCAAAACCAAAUAUAAAUACUCAAAGAAGAAAAAGUGAGAUAAAACAAAAUAAAAGAGAAGAUUAUGAAAACUGCGAUUUGAACAAUGAUGAUUUAUUACCAUUAUUAACAAAUACAGACAAUUAUGAUAUGAAUGAUAAUAUGAAUAAGGAUAUAUAUAGUGAAAAAAAUAGUAAUUUUUAUAAUAAUAGAAAUGACUAUAAUAAUAAUAAUAGUAAUAAAAAAAGUAUCAUAAAUAUCUCAAAUGAAAAUAUUUAUCAUAAUGAUAUAUUUAUUAUAGAUGAAUUUAUCGAUAAUUAUUGGUUAGAAAAUAAAUUAAAAAGUAUUGAUUUGGGGAUAUUUUUGCAAAGUUGGAAAGUAUUAAAUGACUGUAUUUUAUUUUUAAAUAAAUCUUCAACAGCAAAUAAUUCUUUUAUAGCUAUAGGUUUAGAAACAUAUAAUUCUAUUAUGUCUUUAUAUAAUUCUAAAGAAAAUAAAUUAGAGAAACAAACUCAUAAUGCCAUUUAUUGCAUUUAUAAUGAUAACGUGAGUUUUAUCAAUACUUUUAAAAAAGUGAACUCCACUUAUGAUGAUUUCAUAAUGGAGUAUAUGAAUGAUGAUACUAUUUUUAAAAAAACUAAUAUAUAUGACAUGCUAAAAGAAGAUGAAGAUUUUAAACAUGAAAUGGAUAAACUUAAUAAAAUUUUAAAAGAAUUGUAUAUGUCUAAAAGAAAAGAAAUAGAAAAAGUUCACUUUACCUAUAGUGGUUUUUUUUUGAAAAAUGAUUUUUUAUACGAUUAUAUAAACACAGAGAACAGAAGUAAUGAUCAACCUGCAUUUCACAUAGAAGAUAUAGAUAUAAUAACUUUUUUAAAUGAAUUUAGUGACUCUAUAAGUGAAAUGAUAAACGUAAUAAAUUAUAAUUUAAAUUCUUGUGGUCAGUUAUUUAAUGAAUUAAAUAAAGUUCCUGAAAAUGAAAAAGUAAAUUUUUUAAAAUAUUUUAUUUGCCGAAUGAAAGUUUUCGGUUCAUAUCCUUCCCAAUGUUUUAAUUUAUCAAAAAAAAAAGAAUUUUUUAAUUCUUUAUAUCAAAUUCCUUUUAUUUUAUCUCAAUAUUAUGAAAAAGAAGUACUAGAUAAUAGUGAAGAAAAAAAAAACAUAUUUAAUAUAAACAAUAAAAAAGAGAAAGAAUAUGAAGAAAUUAGUUCAAGCACAUCUAAGGAUAUGCAUUUCACAAAUAAUAACCCGAUUAAUAAAAAUGGAAUUUCUGUUAAAGAUUUUUCUGAAGCAAAUAUAAAUUAUUAUAAUGAAGAUAAUUUACCUAGAAUAUAUGUUACAUUAAAAAAGUCUUUGUUGCUUCAUGAUUUAAUUAUUUGCUUAGAUUAUUUUAAAGAAAAUAAUAAUAAUGGUUCUUUUAAUAUAUUUUAUAAAUUAGUAGAUGAUACUUAUUUAAUAGAUAUAAAACAGUUAUUAUACUUUUUAAAAAAUAGAAGUAACCUAUCUUUAAAGUCUAGUAAAUUUCUUGAUAUUUUUUCUAAUGACAUUGGAGUAGAUGCAACAAGUAUAAAUUUUCCUGAGCAAUUAGAAAAAUAUGUAAGCUGGAUGAGACUAAAUAACAGAAUGACUAUUUGCAAAAUAUAUCAAUUAAUAAGAAACGAGUUAAAUAAAAUAAAAAGUUACUCAAAAAAGUUAAUUUCUGAGUAUAGUACAAUUAAUCAAAAUACAAAUAUUCAAUAUAUAAUUUUUUUAAUAUAUCGCAUAUUAAUUUUUAAAAAAAUAAUAACUCAUACAUAUAUUAUCUAUGCAUUUUUUCAACGUUUGAAUAAAUCAUUAGACAUAAAUAUUAAUCAAGAUGAGCUAGAUAAAAAUAUAGAAAUAAAAUCAUUAGAACCUAUUGCAUUUUUUAAAAUUUUUUAUAAAGAUAAUUAUAAAAUUUAUUCCCCUAGAGUUCUCGGUUUCCCAAUGCUUGUAAAUAGUGGACAUAAUGGUAAUUUAAAUAAAAAUGAAGAAAAUUUUUUACAUAUAUGUUUGAAUUCUUUUUUAAAACAUUAUAUUUGA